UUGUGUUCUUUCUUGUGUUUGUGGAUGUGAUUAGUAGAGUAGAGAGUAAAGCUUUAAUGUCCCCACAGAGGUAAUUUGGCUUCCAGACAGAAGUCAGUAUAAUGGUAAGAAAAUACAGCAAUUAAAACUGACAAUAGCAUACAUACAGUACAUACAACACACCAUGCUGUCAUUAAUUACUUGUCACCAACAAGGGCAAAGCAUAUACAGUAUCUUAAAACCCUAAAAACCAGGAAAAGCCAAUCCCUACCAUCACAGUCACUCUCAGAGGCACAUUUACUUUACUUGAGUUCUAUUUUUUUAUUACUUUAUACUUUUACUCCACUAUGUAUUACAUAGAUAAAUCUAAGAGAUAUAUAUUUUACUCAACAACAGACAGCUAUAGCCUACUAGUCAUUUUUCAAAUUAAUUUCUGACCUCCUGCAAAACAAAUAAAUGUCCAGUUGGCACCCUUUGUUUCUUCUUUCCUCUCCAUAUAAUCCUCUCACAUGCCCUCAGAUUUAUCUGUGAUGGUUUAUUUUACCAGUCCUUGGAAGACUGAGCCAAACCUUUUUGAGAAAAGAAUUAUGUGCAUCUGGCGCCAUCUAGUGGAUAGCAAUUACACUACAUGCUGUUCAGUAUUACGUAGUCUUGUCAUGUAUAAAUGGCCUUGAACAUAUCUUCCAGAGUCACUGCGUUAACUCUCCGACUCAGGUCUAAUCCGGUCACCUUUGGCACAUUAAGCUCCAGUUGCAGGUUGAAGGUGGAACACGACCGACAGAACCAGCGUUUCACCGUGACUCCCUCCAGCUUGGCUAGGGCCCAAGAGCGUGCUGUGCUGCAGUACAGAUUCAUCAGCGAGAAGGAGGUGGAUCUGAUGUCAACCUAUGUGCCAGAGACAUUUAGGAGCCAAGGUGUUGCUGCACUGCUGUCACAGGCUGCCAUGGACUUCCUGGUUGAAGAAAACCUUAAGGCUCAUGUCUCCUGUUGGUAUAUAAAGAAAUACAUUGAGGACCACCCACGCCAGCAUUAUAAAGAUCUGGUCAUCACUUGACUCUAUAGCUUAUUUGUCCACUACAACCUGAAUUGCUACCUCAAAUCAGCCACAACCUUACUGUGCAACACAUGUUGGAGGCCAAAGGAGGAUGUAAACUCGAUCUGGAAUCUAUAGCAUCUAAAAUUCAUGGUUCUAAAUAAUGAUUUGCGUUAUUUGUCUGGAUGUUGCUGUUGUAGAAAUGACGGAUCAAAGCCAUUUCACAUUAAUUCAUAUUAUUUUAACCCUUGUGUUCUGUUAAGGAUCUUAAAGGGACAUAACUUGAUGCAGAGUAAUUUAGGGUUUAGGGUAGAUUUAGGGUUUGAAGAUGAAGUAGCAACUUGAUAAUGACUGUACAGAUUUGAUGCUUGUGUUUUAUAUUUUGUCUGUAAUGUGUUGGUUAUAUUUUCUCACAAAAUAGUAACAAUGAUUAAUUAUUAAAUUCUGAA